AGGAGACAGUAGAAGAGACCGUGUGAGAAAGAGAACAAGAAAAGAGACGGGGAGACACCGACAAGUUCUUAGAUCUGAAAAAAUAAAAAGGGUUGGAGAUCUAUUUUGAUUUAGAAGGGGUUUUUUUUAAGUUUUAACAGGUCAAGAUGCCUAAUUUUGCUGGAACCUGGAAGAUGAAGAGCAGUGAACAUUUUGAAGAACUCCUGAAAGCGCUUGGCGUGAACGCCAUGCUGAGGAAGGUGGCCUGUGCCGCAGCUUCCAAACCACACGUGGAGAUCCGUCAGAACGGAGAACAGUUCUACAUUAAAACCUCCACUACCGCGAGGACCACAGAAAUCAACUUCCAGAUAGGACAAGAGUUCAACGAAGAGACCGUGGAUGGGCGGAAGUGCAAGAGCCUGGUCACAUGGGAGACAGAGAACAAGAUGACCUGCACGCAAACCCUUGUGGAUGGUAAGGGCCCUAAAACGUACUGGACACGAGAGCUGAGAGGGAACGAACUCAUCCUGACCUUUGGGGCCGACGAUGUGGUGUGCACACGGAUUUAUGUACGGGAAUGAGCACCGAGAUGAACUGGAUGGAGGGAUAUUCCGGCACUUGCAGCUUUGAAGGAAUAACAUUUUGUUCAUGAUUAACUUGCACUGUGUUUUGUUAGUUGACACUUUCUUCUGUUCUAAGUUGGAAACCAUUUGUGUGCAUUAAUCAUUAGAUUCAUUUUUAUAAUGUUUCUUAUUAAUUAUAGCCUACAGUACAGUGUUAGUGGUGGGCUACAGGACCCUUGGGGAGGGCCGCACAUGUUGGGGAAUUGAGUGAUCCUGUUGUUAGUAAUUAUGUUCAUGGUUAUAUCUGAUAAACAUUCUAGCACAGUUACAAUGGUUCAUUGCAGCAACGUCUCAAGAACUUAAUUUAGGCCUACUUUACUUUCUUUUUCAGUCUCUGACCCUGCAUGAAAUAAUAAAGACAUGUACUUGUUAA